CGCCUCGAGACACCCGAAGGGCAACCGUCGCCGGGCUUUGCGCCUCAACUGUCGUGGCUGUAUUUUUCUGUUGUCACUUCUGUGUCUUUCUUCAAGGUGGUUGCUUGCCCUUUUGGGUCAUCUGUACUGCGCCAAGCCAAGCAUUUGUUCUCCAAAUGUCAACUGUCAAGGAGCAGCUUAUUGAGAAGCUCAUUGAGGAGGAUGAAGACUCCCAACGUAAAAUUACCGUUGUUGGAAUUGGUGCUGUAGGCAUGGCUUGUGCUAUUAGCAUUUUACUGAAGGAUUUGGCUGAUGAACUUGUCCUCGUUGAUGUCGCAGCCGACAAACUGAAGGGAGAAAUGAUGGAUCUUCAGCAUGGCAGUCUUUUCUUUAGUACUUCAAAGAUUACCUCUGGAAAAGAUUACAGUGUAUCUGCAAACUCCAAAAUAGUUAUUGUCACAGCAGGUGCACGGCAGCAGGAGGGAGAAACUCGCCUUGCCCUGGUCCAACGUAAUGUGGCUAUCAUGAAAUCAAUCAUUCCUCCUAUAGUCCGUUGUAGUCCUGAUUGUAAAAUUCUUGUUGUUUCAAAUCCAGUGGAUAUUUUGACAUAUGUAGUCUGGAAGAUAAGUGGCUUACCUGCAACUUGUGUAAUUGGAAGUGGUUGUAAUUUAGACUCUGCCCGUUUUCGUUAUCUAAUUGGAGAAAAGUUGGGUGUUCAUCCCACAAGCUGCCAUGGUUGGAUUAUUGGAGAACAUGGUGAUUCUAGUGUGCCCUUAUGGAGUGGAGUGAAUGUUGCUGGUGUUGCUCUGAAGACCCUGGAUCCUAAAUUGGGAACGGAUUCAGACAAGGAAAACUGGAAAAAUAUCCAUCAACAAGUUAUUCAAAGUGCCUAUGAGAUUAUCAAGCUGAAGGGAUAUACCUCUUGGGCUAUUGGACUGUCCGUGAUGGAUCUGGUAGGAUCCAUUUUGAAGAAUCUUAGGCGAGUGCAUCCAGUUUCCACCAUGGUUAAGGGAUUAUAUGGAAUAAAAGAAGAACUCUUUCUCAGUAUCCCUUGUGUCUUGGGGCGGAAUGGUGUCUCAGAUGUUGUGAAAAUUAACUUGAAUCCUGAGGAGGAGGCCCUUUUCAAGAGAAGUGCAGAAACACUUUUGAAUAUUCAAAAGGAUCUGAAAUUUUAAAGCCUUCUAAUGUUCCACUGUUUGAAGAACAGAGGAUAGUUGAUUGUAUAAAUUUUGAAAGUAUUUUUAUUUGAUCUUUAAAAAAUAAAAAUUGGAGACCU